AUGGCACAAAGGUUAGAGAAGCUGGAGCGGGGGGAGAAAGAGGUGAUCUCUUAUCGAGGCAGAGUGGGACAAUCUACACCUCUUCAACAAUUUGAUGAAUUUGGUACAAAGUUGACCGGCGACAAAAUGCUGGUAUCAAAGAUCAUGGAGGGGAUUGGAAAGGCGAGAAAACUGACCAUUCCUCCAGAGGGCCUUGAAUCCAUUUCUUCGGAUGAGGAUGAGAUUGUUCGGUUGAAGGACUUUGUAUCUCUUCUGUCCAAAAUGGACCACACGGGAGACUCAUCAGGAAGUAGACCAUUGCUCAUGAAAAAUGGACCUCCCCCUACUCUCGUCAUUCCUAUAACGAGCUUCGCCAUCUUGUCGGCGUGCUUCGGGGAAUAUAUUCCGUUUCGAUCAAGAGACUCGAGAAAGGUUGAAGGAUUCGGGGAACAACAAUACUUACAGCCGGAGAGCGACCGCAAAAGGAAACCAGGAGAUGAUAUCCAGGAGACUGAAACUCCAGAGACCACGGAUGAGGAUGGAGUCUAUCAAAGCGCGCGAACGGGAGCUAAUGAAUCUCAGGCUGACGAGGCUAGAAAUGAGCAUCUUGUCGCCAGUCAUAAUGCUGUUGGCAAACAGGAAGCUGAAGAUGCUUCUACCCAUUUUGACAGUGAGCUGAAAAUAAUCGAGGGAGCUUUUUGUCUACUCAAUAGCGGGAAGAAGAACGUCGGCUUCGAAGACGAGGAUGACUCCCUGUCUCUUUCGGAGGAGUUGGCUCUUAGACAAUCCCGAUCAAAAGACGACCUGGAAGAUAUCGCUAAAAAUUUUAUGCGGGCGACUGAAACGAGCAUGGUCAGGAUGGAUGCGUACAAAGAUGCAAAAUUAUGUCUGGUUGGGAAUGAUAGUAGCAAAUGGGAUGACUGA